GUUGGUUCGUGACAUGUUCUACACGGUGGUGUUUGAGUCCGCAUAACUUGUGGGUUACAACAAAAUCACAAGUGCGAUGGUACAAUGGACAUCAAGUUUGGCAUUUUCUGAAUUAAUUGACUGCGCUAAAUAUUUUCGGCACCUAGAGAAAAGGCCUGAUCUGUCAGAUCUGACCACACUUUGCCAUAUCCUUGGGGAGGCAGAGCGCUUAUGGGCGCCUUCGCAAGAAUUUGCCCUGGUUGGUGAGAUCAUGUAGCCACCUCAGCGCUGUUCCCAAAUAGGCUCACCCGGAAGGCACUGCGUCUUAUAUAUAAAGUCCAUCCUUGUUUUUCUUAGUUGAUUUAUCUCCAGUCAUCUAUAAUGGCCUCUAUCAACAAUAAUCCCUCUCAUCGUUCACAGGCGACAUCGGUCCCUCACAUUCAUGUAGAAUCACCUCCCAUCUCUGAUCAAUCGAGGUUCGACCCAGAUUUUUCAUACGGCGGGUACAAUCAGGAUCCGUUCAUGUCCUCUUCUACGCUCUUCUCUCUCGAAGGACCCGAAUCUUUAAAUCCUCAAUUAUCAUUAGAGGAUUUGAGCACCGAGGGCUUUUACCUCGGGGAUCUUGAGACGUCGCUUUUACGCGCUACUCAAUCGCAAGACUUGCUUUUCCCAGAACAGUACCCAUCAGAGCAGUACCCAUCAGAGCAGUACCCACCAGAGCAGUACCUAAGUGGCCCUGACCCGUUUGCAUCGUCUUCUGCCUUCCAGGUGACCCCGCCUUCCCCGCCACCGCAGACGAUGCCACAAAAUACAGCUGGCAACAUGCUCCGUAUACCUAUAUAUACGCCAUCGCCCACCUCAUCCUACGUCACGCUGUCCCCCAGCCACAGUCAUGAGUCGCCGUCGUCUCCAUGGUCUGAUGUUACUACCCCCUCUUCUGAGGGUAGCGUGUCUCCCAUGAUCCCGCCUCUUUAUUUUACCACACCCUCUUCUGAGGGUAGCAUGUCUCCGAUGAUAUCCCCUUCAGGUCUUUCACGUCGAGAAAGCUCAGCUUCUCUCCGACACCACCAUUCCCCCAGCGACCCCUCAUUUGGUCACACACUUUACCCCCCGGCUAUCGCUAGGCACAUUCGCUCACGUUCAGAGUCUAGCACGACUCGUCCUGUCGCUAGUCAAGCGAUGCUUGAAGCCAACCAACGGCGUCGACGCCACGACGCCACCUAUAGAUGCGAUGAGUGUGGGCAGACCUUUACCGCUGUGUUUAGCUUGAAGCGUCACGCUCAGUCUCACAGUGGUGUACGACCAUUCUUAUGCAACAUUCCUGGCUGCAAUCAGGCAUUCUUCAAUCAGAGUGACUGCAGGCGCCACGAGAAGAGCAGGAAGCGUCACAAGGGUCUUCCCCAAACCUUUUCCGACUCGCCUUAAUCUUGGCAUGUGUCAUUAUAAACGUCACCCCCUAACUGGACAUUCCCUCUUGCGCAUUCUUCUUCAUUUUUGCAUGCAGGCAUCAUACACCCUUCGUCUUGUCUUGCCUCGUUCCCCCACCUAUGCCAAUCUUCCAACUCAAUAUAUUCAACAUCUGGAUGUCCUCUUGUGGACCACGUAUACCAUUACCCCUGCAUACCCUAAUUUUUUUUUUACCGCCAUUCACUUUAUAUGGCGUUGUUCUAGCAUCUGUUUCAUUCGUACAAUAAUCUUUGUUUGCCCUUUCGGUCCCGAAUUUACUGCCAAUUGCUGCCAAUAAUUAUUGCAUCGUUCUUGCUGUGUACCCAGGCUUUGAGUUGCUAUGCGUUGUCAACUGGCCUUGCCAACGCAACGUCCUUAUUGUCCUCUUUCUUGUUGUACUGCAUCGUGUAGCCUUGCGAAGCUUUCUUGACAAUAAUCUAAGAUCUUUCAAUGGAUAUCUCUCAUGCCUGUCUGUGCG